GAAUAAUAACCCAACUCGUUUAAAGCAGCAGUUGGUUGUAGACUCUAGCUAAAUCACCAAGCUGAGGCUGGUUUUCUUGGUGGAUAUUUUAGGUUCCUUAAGUUUUGCUCCACCCUCGGAAAUAAAAACACUUACAUCACCUGGGAGAGCACAGACAUGUAACCAAGAACAACUCGACCAACAUGUUAUUCAUCCACUUUGAUAACUCUUUCUUUUCUUUCUAUACGCUUUUCUGUUUUUCUGAUUUCAAAAACAGGUUAGGAUCAACUACUUUCUAAUCGUUGAAAAGAAGAAGAUCGCGGUUAGAAAAGUAGUCAAAUCGUCUUGAUUCAGUUUAUACUUCCUGAAGAAGCAGCAAUGAAAACAUCUGUUUCGUUUACUCUUGCUCUUGUCGUUGAGGCUGUGGUUGGUUUGAACUUGGUGUCAGUGAAGGAGAGAGAUCAUGUCACUCUACAAAGCGAUGUUGUCAAGCAAGGCCGUGACAAGAUGCUGUGGUACUUUAACGACACCCUCAUUGCCCUGAUUAACGGAGAUCCCAGUAAGAGUUGUGUGUAUGAUGGCGAAGGUGAGAUCUUCAGAGACAGACUGACAGUGGACUACGAGACUGGAUCCCUGACCAUCACAAACAUCGGACGUGAACACAUUGGACUCUAUGAAGCAAAUUUCAUCAAAAGCGAGAGCUCAGGAACCAGCCAAAGCUUGAACCGAAACGGCAAGUGCGACAGCAGCAAAAUCAUCAAAAAAAUGAUCAACAUCGGCGACAUUGUAAAGACUUUCAGUGUGUCCAUCACUGGUGAGUCAUUUAGUGCUGAUUCGGUCAUUAGUGAAUUGCACGAAGUGGAGGAGAAACAAGAGCAUGAAAUGAUUCUUAUAGCGGGGAUGUGUGUUGGUGCUGGCGUUGUUCUUCUGUUGGCUGCAGCUGUUCUUGGAGUGAUCUACUAUCGUUACAGAAGCUCUAAAAUGGCAGAAGACAAGGAUAAAAACAAUCUUAAGCAGCUGUUGGAUGUCUCAGCAUGAAAGAAGUAAAAAGGCCAUGUAACCAGAGAGGAUAUCAACAGGAUCUGGAUAAUGGAUGCCCUUCAAACUCUAAACCUGGAUAAGUUCUACU